CCACAAUGAUGACCAUGAUGACGAUCCGUUUCCCCUGUUGGUGUUUGAUGCUUCUCCCAAAGACACAACUGCCAUCACAGGCAGGCCCAGAAGGUUCGAGAUAUUGCUAAACAGCAUGGUCGACAUUGGUCAUCCAGCUCCGUUUGACUGCAGCUUUGCCAUGCGUGUCCGGCUUUCCACUACCAGCACACCUCAGCUACUUCUUCUACACCUGGAUGCCAGCUCAUCGUGAGAAGCGACCUCCUUGGCCUAGCAGUUGGAAAUAUCUGUGACGUUUGCCUCGUGCUUUCCUCCCCGGACUAACCACACGUCAAAAGACGGCUUGCACGAAUGUAUGCAAUGGAUCUGCGCUUGUCUGGGGUGAACCGGAUGCUCUUUGACAAAGUCGCCUACUGAUGGAAAGGAGAAGCCAUGGCAAAAAUCAGUCAGAAAAUGGUGAUGGCAUAUUGCCCAAACAGCAAGCAGCCGAUUUUUAGCUUUUCGAAAACAAGUAGACCUCCACAGUCUGCGCCUCGUCAUUCAGCACAGGGAGCGGCAGCUUGACUUCCUCCUGUAUCGACCAUCCAUCUUCUGACAUGAGGUCAAAGAACACCUUCUCGUCAGAAUGCCUUGGCUUUGUGGAAAGCAAGAUCUUGGUGUUGGAAGGGCCGGAAUGCUGAGCAGAAUGAGCAUGGACAGCGGAAAGAGUCUUGACCAGCUCGGGCAGCAGGUCAUUAUACGUGCAGUCGCUGAGAAUCACCAGGUCCCACGCCCGCGACGUCACCUCGGGCCCAAAUAUCCCAUCCUUUCCGUCAUUCCAGUCCAAGUUUUCGUACAUCACAGUGCAGGCUGUCUGGUCUGCCGAGCGGGCAAUGUUGGCCAGCGUCCGUUCUUCCGCGUCGGGGAGAUCGGUCAUGAGGAGGGUCGACUUCUCUGCCGUUGCUUGCGAUGAAACGCCCAGGAUGCGCGCAACACCAAGGCCCAAGAUGCCCACACCGCAGCCUAACUCCAUAAUGUUCAGUGGUCCGUCGUUUUGCUGCAGAAUGUUUGCCAAAAUGGGCAACGACACCGUGGUACUGCUGCUGUUGGCAGCCGUUUGGCCAAGGACCAUACUGGCAACAAAGGAGGCGGUGGUGAGGCCGCCGUCCCAUACAUGACGGGCCAUGCUCUCACCCAUCUCCUCCUCCACCUGAAGCGUCGCGGUCCCGCCAGGCAAGCGCAAGCUCCGGAAGCAAAUGUGGCUAGUCGGACCAGGUGAGAGAUCCGCAAAGACAGGAAGAAUCAAGCCGGCUCCAAUGCCAGAACUGAUGUCGUCGGUGAUGAGAGCCGCCAUUUGUCGGUUGGUUGGCCUGACUUGGACCGUCUCGAUUGGCUGUGGUGGGAGUUGAACAUCGAUCUUCAAGACACGCAUACCGGUCCUCCAGGUUGGAGGAUUCCUUGGCGUCAGGUUGAUGGGCACCGGACCAUUCUGUGGAUUUGCUGGAGCGCCGGCUCCGAUAAUGGAAAGCUGGAUCGGCUCAUGAGGACAAAGGAAUUUGUCGCUCAGGUCGGUUGUGAUGGUGAGAACAAGCUUCAGUGUUUUAAGCCCUGACCUCCCCUGCUCAACCACAGGUGAUCGACAAAAUCGAAUAUAGUGCAUGGUGAAGACGUCCGUCGGCUAUAGCGCGAUGAAGCGUACAAGUCGUCGAGAAAUUCGAUAUCGACGUGGAUGUUGGAGUCGUUGACGGGGUAGGCAGGAGAGACAGAGCUAGAAGGAAAUUUCCUGUCCCGGCAAGAGAACUCCCGGCAAUGAAGCCCCAGCGCUGCUGCGAACUGCAAGAGUCGACGGGAGUGCAGGGACGGGCGCCCGAGGGGACGGGCCACACUCCGCAAAAACCCCACCAGUUAGCGGGUUAGGGUCCACUCAUGCCGUGAAGGGACCUGACCCAACCUUAGUGCUGGGGCAGCUUUCCGAUCCCGGCCCUUGAUAAGAUAAGCAGUCAGUCCGGGCCCUGACAACGACGACAUCAACUGGACACUCGCAAUCCCUCCGAUCAUCAUUACGUUUGUGUUGUGUUUUGUUCAAUCAAGUCUGCGGCUAUUCUGCCAAAAACUGCAGUAAUCUGCCAAGGGAGUGACAAACGCUUAUCGCUGGAAAAUUACUUGUGCCUCGGGCAUCUCGGCGCCAUCCGAUAGACAGGACAGUCGGAAAUCGGUUCUCGCCGCGAGCUGAAAACUUACACCUCCCAGGUACCCCACGAGAUGAUAUAAAGGGGACUGAAGCAAAGCUUUCAUUAUCUGUUGAACUCAUACAUUAUGAUUAACUAAUUAUCCCAGCAAUCACUGGUUCUGUCUUUUAAGUGAAAUAUCCGUCCUUUCGAUCCUCAACUUUCAAAAGAAUCUUCGAAGCCCUUCGAAAUGACAUCCGCCACUUCAAGUCCUUCUCCCGAGGCACGCGCAAUGACCAGCACUAAAGACCCCAUAAUCCUCCUCUCCACCAUCCUCCGUCUGACUGAAGAGCGCAUAAUCCCCCUCACCCGCGCCGGCGUCUCCUCCGGCUCCAAGCUCUUCGGCGCUGCCAUCCUCUCUCGCUCCUCUUUGAAGCCUCUAACCGUGUCUACCAACAACGAGCGCGAAUCCCCUUUGCUUCAUGGCGAAAUCAACUGCAUCCAGCAAUAUUUCGCCUUGCCUCCUGCCUCGUUUCCAGAACAAGGACAGGAAGAAGAAGAAGGUUACCGCAUCCCCACAAAGGACACCAUCUUCUUCGCCACCCACGAGCCCUGCUCGCUCUGCCUAUCGGGCAUCACCUGGGCCGGCUUCAACGAGUUCUACUACCUGUUCACGUACGAGGACUCGCGCGACCUGUUUGCGAUUCCGUACGAUAUUGAGAUUCUCGAGGACGUGUUCCGGGUCAAGGCUCCGGGGGAUACUGAGGAGUCAAUGAAAAGGAGGCCGUUGUACAAUCGACGGAAUAAGUUCUUUGUGGGGAGGAGCUUGAUCGAGUUGUUGGAAGAGGCGGCGCUCUCAGCGGAGGAAACGGACAAGUGGAAGAAAGAGAUUGAGAGGGUUAAGGGGCUGUAUAAUGGGUUGAGUGAGACGUACCAAGAGGGGAAAAGAGGCGGGGUGGAGAGUGCUAGUGUUUGGAAGUGAGCAACCUAGCUGUCCCAGUUUCGAGUUUGGGCGUUCAUCGAUGUCUCUGUUGUUGCUGUGCGCUGUCUGCACGUCUCCUGGUAUAACAUCUGGUUGGUUUCGUCUUGUUCGAGAGAGGCUUAUUUCGUUGACCUUCAUUAUUGUGUUGUGCAAUGAGCAAGAAUACCCGAGCAAGAUGUCAAAGUGCUGUAAUGUUGGUGUGAGCUGGGGACCGGGAGAGAGAAAGCAGCCGAUGUUGUUAGAGGUAGGCUGUGUUAGGACCUUGUCUUUUGGGUGAUGACAGACUAGAGCCAGGCCUGUUCUCGACUGUUUUGUCCAUGUCUUGUUUUUUCCUGAUCAACGGCCUCUCCGGCCUCGAAAAGUUGCGAACAGCUGUCGCCGCCUUCUGCGCCACUUUCUCGGGCGAACAGGCCGAAAGUCGCUUUUCUAGUCGAUACUCGUCUUGCUCGUUUUGCUGCUUUUCGGAGCCACCAGUGCCAGGAGUGUCCGGCAGAUCCCCCCUCACCUGCGGCUCGGGCGUGUUGCGUAGCACUGUCGGCUCGUAAUCGUGCUCGCUGUUGCUAACCCCAUCUUCCCACGAGAACUUUCGCGGACUCGAGAACAGAGGCUUGGGCUUCCACUCCUCUUGGUAGGACAUCACCCG